CAGAAAGAGCAUAUGUCAACCAAGCAGGCAACUGAACAGUGCAACACAGUUUGUCACCGCAGUCCGCGUUGUUUUUACGGGUUAAAGUUUGACAGCUAACUGUGUCUUUCUUUAUUAAAAUGGACAGUGCUUUUGAUAAACUGGAUGCAGCUGGUUUCCUGGAAAUCUGGCAACACUUUGAUGCAGAUGAUAAUGGCUACAUUGAGGACAAAGAGCUUGAUGAAUUUUUCCGUCACAUGAUGAAGAGGCUGGCUCCAAAGGAGCAAGUGACUGAAGAAGGUCUCCAGAGGCUGAAGAAAAGGUUUAUGUCCGCCUAUGAUGUCACUGCUGAUGGAAAACUACAGAUUCAGGAGUUGGCCAAUAUGAUCCUCCCUGAGGAUGAGAACUUCCUGUUAAUUUUCCACAGAGAAGCUCCUCUGGACAACAGUGUUGACUUCAUGAAGAUAUGGAGGAAGUACGAUGUUGACUGCAGCGGCUACAUAUCCGCUCGAGAGCUCAAGGCUUUCCUGAAAGAUCUGUUCAACAAGCAUCAGAAGGAAGUGUCAUCUGAUAAACUGGAGGAGUACACAGACACAAUGAUGAAAAUCUUUGACAAAAAUAAGGAUGGCUGUUUGGAUUUGAACGACUUGGCCAGGAUCUUGGCUUUAGAGGAGAAUUUCCUGCUCCAGUUCGAAAUGGAUGCCUGCAGUAAAGACGAGCGAAAGAGAGACUUUGAGAAGAUCUUUAACCAUUAUGAUGUUAGUAAGACGGGAGCGCUGGAGGGUGCUGAGGUGGACGGCUUUGUUAAAGACAUGAUGGGCCUUGUCAGGCCCAACCUCACGAGUCAGGAGCUGGACAAGCUGCGAGGCGUUCUGCUGCGUCACUGCGAUGUCAACAAGGACGGAAAGAUCCAGAGAAAUGAGCUGGGUCUGUGUCUGGGAGUCAAACCUAAAAUUGGUUAAAAGAGCUGUGUUAUAAUGAGAUUAUAUCAUGAAACACUGUUGUAUAGUCAACAAUGGUAGGAUGUUGUGUUUUGAUCCAGGUCAGUCUAAUUACUAGGUUACUUAACGUCAAAAUUCAUAAAGAGUUAUUUGAUGAUAGAAACACAAUUUGAUACUGUGUGGUGAAAAAUGAAUGAAAUGACCGUGGAUUUCAUGCAUGUUGUAGGCCAAAAUAAAAGAAUGAGACGUGACUGUUUUUUUGGCUAAAAUGAUGAUGAUUAUAUCAAAUGAAAUGUCUGUGCUGUGAGAUCUGUGGUAUAUUAAUUAGAUUGUUAGUCGGUAAACAUGUUUUUGAAAACACAGAAUGUUUUUCAUUGUAAUAUAAAGUUGUCUUCUUUGAGUUUGGUGCUGGAGUUGGUUGGUUGGUUGACUAAGUUUGGCCAUUUGCAUGUUUCUCUGCCAAAGAAGGCUGCAGUAGAGUAAGUUGUUGUAAUUUUAACAUAAUGAGCAGCAGAGGAAAUAAAGCGAUGUCGACAAGUGAGGAGCAUAUUGAUUGUUCUGUUCUCUCAUUUUUGUUACUGUAAUAUAAAAGCUCUUAUGCUGCAAUCCAUUGCAAGUCGGAAGUCUGUAUUUCCUACUUCCAAUCUAAAUGAGUCCCAGUGCAGCUGCUCUGGAAAACAUAAGACGCCCCCAGCAAACUGAUGUUUGUAUGUGUUUAAGUAUGUAUGUAUACUUACAGUCAAUUUAAACUUACAUUAAUUAAAUUAGUUUUUUUAUUUACUUACUGAGUGAAUCAACAUUUUGAUCUGUUGAUAUAAUAGAAAUAUACAUAAAAACAAAAGUUAUCAUUAGGCUAGUCUCUUUCCUAAGAUUUUAAUUUUAUGUAACAUCUUAAUUAUCAUUAAAACAUCUUUAAAAUAAAUAAAUGUGUACAAA